AUGUCUGACACUCUGCUGGACGAAUAUGUCUUCAUUCAGAACAGAGAAUUGACAGCCGCCCUGACAAGCGAGCCAACAACACCAGGACACGUUAUUGUAAAUCUCGCUAGUCCACUGUUCAUCAAUACAGCCGAAACAAAACACGUUUUGGAGGUCAUCCGACAGAUUGCUCGCAACCUUCGUGACGUCACCUCUAGUAAGCGUUGCGGGAUGGCAUACGAUGGAGAUAAGUUGCUCCAUGUCAUUCCACUUCACGGGCUCCAAGCAUCAUGGUCUGCCAUCUUGGAUAGUGAGAAGGAGUUUCAUAAGGAAUUUCCCGGCUAUCUCUCGACCAAAAGUGGGCCCGAACUCAACAAAGAGGAAUUAGACGACAUGCAGAAGUGCAUCACUGCAAAAUCAGGAUUAUCACAUGAUGACUUCGAUACAAAUUUCCACGGAGACCUGACAGACAACAAUCUUUUCACACGCAUUAUCAGAGGCGGAUUACCGCAAUGGCGUGUCUGGGAAAAUUCAUCACAUGUCGCAUUCCUUACACCCUUUGCAAACACUCCAGGCUUUACGGUACUGGUGCCAAGGAAACACACAUCCAGCGAUAUCUUCAGCCUCGAUACUGAUGAUUACAAUGCCCUUGUUGAGGCCACUUGUAGCGUUGCUAUGCUGUUGAAACGAUCCCUGAACCUGGAGAUGUGCGGCAUGUUCUUUGAGGGUUUAGAGAUUGAUUAUACACACGCCAAGCUCGUGCCAGUGCACAUUCAUACAACUGACCGUGAACUCCUUAAAUCACCACUGAAGGAGGACUUCCACGAGUUAUACCGUGGGUCUAUCUCGACACGGCUGGGUUCUACUUCAUAUCCUGCGAAAGAGCUUCAUGAGAUGACCCGCGAACUACGGUCUAGAUUUCAAGUCUAA